AUGGCUUCCUCUCGCUGGUGGCUCUACGUACAGGCCCUCGUAUGGCGGUUCCUGAUGCGCAUCGGCAUGUUCAUUCAUGACAUCGGCCCACCCCGACCCCCGCGACCGUUAUUUACCCGCUCCGUCCAAGUCGACAAACAACACUCCAUCGUCUUACAUUUCUACGUCCCACCAAACUACCACGAACAACGACGCCUGGGCCACCGAUUCCCAGUAUGUGUCAACUUCCAUGGAGGUGGCUUCACACUCGGGGCCGCCACGGAUGACUCUCGCUGGGCGAGAUCCGUAUUAGAGCACGUUGGCGCGGUCAUCGUCAGUGUCAGCUAUCGGCGAGCCCCAGAGCAUCCUUACCCGGCUGCUGUGGACGACGGCGUCGAAGCACUCUUAUAUCUGGCCAUGCACGCCGGUGAACUAGGUCUGGAUGCUAGCAGGGUGGCGCUGAGCGGGUUCUCGGCGGGUGGCAAUUUGGCCGUGACUGUGCCCUUGCGGUUACGGGGCCGUAUCUCGUCGGAAAUCAAAGAGAACCUGGGCCGAGCGGACUCAACACAGAACCUUCUGAGCCAGGUCGCGGAUUUGAAUAUCGUCGCUCUGUUCUGUUGGUACCCCAUUCUGGAUUUCCAGGAAUCUCGUGACCAUCGCCGGGCCAUGAGUCUCAUGCCGGACAAGACUCUCCCCGCUUUCUUCACCACUUUGUUCGACAACUCUUACCUACCUGAUCUGGACGAGCGUACUUCACCAUAUGCCUCUCCCAUCCAUGCAUCCGAUCGUCUCUUGUCCGAAGGUCUUCCCCGUGAUGUUUUCCUGUUCAUCUGUGAGUGGGACAUGUUGAUGAAGGAGGGUCAGGCUUUCGUGCGUCGUUUAGAAACGCUCGGUAAGCGUCCUCGUGCCAUGUUGAUCGAGAAAGCUUGCCACGCCUGGGACAAGUCAGCCAAUCCUUGGCGAGACCAAGAUAGCGUGGACGUAUUGUAUCGGGAUGCAUGUGCGUCCAUGAAGGGAAUCUUCGAUCGGUGA